CUCUGCAGAUUUACGUGUUUCCUAUCAAUUUUUGGUAGCGAUUAAUAGCUAUUACCUAUUCAAUAAUGUGUGUGUAGUGUUUUCGACUGUAUAUAUGUGUCGUUUUAUUCUAACGUGAUUUUAAUUAUUUAAAAGUAAUUGGUGUCCCUUAAAGUCAUAAUGAAAAUCAAGCAGUUCCAAAAUACGGUUGUAUCAACAUGGUCGCCAAAACUAAAUUAUCCAGUCAAUAUAGCCAUGGGCACUGCUGCCCAACAAUUAGAUGCUUCAUUUAACACAUCGUCAUCACUAGAGCUAUAUAUGGUUAAGUCUAACAAUGUAACGCUCAGUGCAUCAAUUUCAACAGACUGCCGAUUUCAUAAAUUAGUAUGGGGUGGUACUAGUAGCGACGAAGAUUGGAGUUCUGGAAUUAUUGCUGGUGGAUGUGACAACGGAGUAAUUAGACUAUAUAAUGCAUCCAAACUGGCAAAAAAUGUUGAUAGUGUAGUAGCUAAAAGUGAUCGUCAUGUUGGAUCUGUUAAAGCGUUAAAUUUCAAUUUAUUUCAAACAAAUUUAUUUGCAUCUGGUGCAUCAGAAUCAGAAAUAUUUAUUUGGGAUUUGCAUAGUAUGAGUACUCCAAUGACUCCAGGAUCAAAGUUAGAAACUUUAGAAGACGUAAUUGAUUUAGCAUGGAAUAAUGAAGUUCAACAUAUUUUGGGCUCAUUGUUUCAUAAGUAUACUGUUGUAUGGGAUCUUCGUAAAAAUGAACCUAUUAUUAAAUUAUCAGACAAUAAUUCAAAAGUAAAAUGGAAAGCAAUGUCCUGGAAUCCUAAAGUAGCAACACAAGUAUGCAUUGCAUCGGAAGAUGAUCAAAAUCCAGUAAUUCAACUGUGGGAUUUACGAUAUGCUACUUCACCUGUUAAGAAUUUAAUGGGACAUCAAAAGGGUAUUUUGGCAAUGUCGUGGUGUUCUGAAGAUCCUGAUUUAUUAAUAAGUUGUGGAAAAGAUAAUAAAUUACUUAUAUGGAAUCCAAGUAGUGACACAAAUGAAAAUUUAUUAGUAUGUGAAAUAGAACAUAACUAUCAAUGGAAUUUUGAAGUAAAUUGGUGCCCAAAAGAUCCAUUGUUGUUAGCUACAUCUAGUUUUGAUGGACAAACUACUAUUUAUUCAUUAAAUGAUCUACAAAAAUUUGAAGGCCAGAAAACUAGUGGAAAUGGAACAAAUGUCAACUCUCAAUGUUCAACAGUGCCUAGCUUAACUAAUGCUCCAAAAUGGCUUCAGAGAAAUUGUGGGGCAUCAUUUGCAUUUGGUGGUCAAUUGGUGUCAUUUGAUGGUUCACUUAAAACAAUCCAGUUUAACAAGACGAUCAUCGAACCUGACUUAGUAAUAUGGUCUGAACAUUUAAAAAAAAUCCUGAAUAAUGGAAAUUAUGAAGGCUUUUGCCAUCAUAAAAGUGAAUUGACUCCUGAUAAUGAUCUUCAACUUAUAUGGAAAUUCUUAAAAUCCAUGUUUCAAAAUAAUUCUAAGGAAACACAAUUGGAAAUAUUGGGAUUUUCAACUGAAAAAGUUAGUAAUGUAGCUUCUCAGUGUUAUAAUAUUACAAAUGGAGUUGAAAAUAAUUCUGUUAAUAAUAAGGCUAAUAAUGAAGAAGAAUUUAAUUCAGAUUUUAUAAAUUCUCAAGAACAUAAAAUUGUAGCAAAAUUUGAUAACUUUAAUCUGAAAUCUUCAAGCUCAAAUGAUUUACAAGAUUCAAUUUACCAGUCACUUCUUAUCGGAAAUUUAUCAAAAGCUGCAGAUUUAUUUUUAGAUAAUGGAAAACCAGUUGAAGCUAUAUUGCUUGCUAUAACAGCUGGUCCUAAAACAUUAUCUAGAAUACAAAAUAAAUAUCUUAGUAACUCAAAAGAACCAACUGCUGCUCUAUUAUAUGCAAUUAUUACUAAUGAUUGGAAUAAUCUGGUUGAAAAUUGCAAUUUAAAUUGUUGGAAAGAAAUAAUGACAGCCCUUCUUACUCAUACCAGUGGAAUGGAUUUAGUGUCUUAUUUUGAAAAACUUGGCAAUCGUCUUGCUAUUAGUGAGGACCAAAGCUUAUCAAAAUAUGCUCUACUAUGUUAUAUUUGUUCUGGGAAUGUUGAAGCUCUAAUUAACAAUAAAAAGGAUAUCAAAACAGUUGAAAACUUACAGGAAUGUGUAGAAAUGGCAAUAUUGUUGUAUAAGUCAAAAUUAUUAUCUAGUGAAUCUAGCAUAGAAGUUGGAAAAAAAUUUUGUGAACUUUUAAUGAGAUAUAGUGAAAUUUUAGUUUCCCAAGGUGAUCUAGAAGGAGCUUUGAGCUUUUUAGAAUUUACAAAUAAGGAUCAAUGUGUUGAACUAAAAAAUCAGUUAUACAAAGCACUCGGGAGAGAUGUAGUUGAACAACAAAAUAAUAUUUCACAAAAACAAUUUAAUAUUGGAACUCAAGAUUUACGGAAAUAUUCAACAUCAAGUGCUACUGGAACUGUAACACCAGAAUCACCUUUUCCAUCUUACACUAACAAAUUUAUACAAGAUAAUGAUAUUAAUCAAAUUCACAAUCAAUCACUUUUGAAUUAUCCACCCAAUAUUCAGGCUCAACCAAUUUACAAUUUAAAUAAUCAACCACAAUCGACAUACAACUCUCGAACUAUUACACCACAGUUUGGAAAUAGUUUUAGUAAUCAAAUUAAUUCAGCUCAAACUAAAACAGUUCCUCCAACACCGCCGCCAGAUUCUGGUAGUAGAUGUAUGACUCCUAGUACUAUAAAACCAGGAAGACCCAAAUAUGUUGUUGAUCCUUCUGUAAAAGGAAAUAAUGUGUAUGGUAGUUAUAACAAUAGCUUAGGAAUGCCACCAUCUGGUCAACAAAGUGGUUUUAAUUCUCAUUUGGGACAACCUUAUUCCUUAAACCAACCAUUAGGACAAUUAAGUGGCUUUAAUUCACCAGUAGGACUACCACAUAUUCCAAAUCAACCAUUUGGGCAACAAAAUAAUUUAAAUCCGCCAAUGGGUCAAUCACAUGUUUCAAAUCAACCAUUUGGACAACAAAAUAUUUUUAAUCCACCAUUAGGACCACCACAAGCUUUAAUUUCUCCAUUAGGACAACAAAAUAGUUUUAAUACACCUUUGGGACAGCCAAACAUUUUAAAUCCAUCAUUAAAACAGACAAGUAAUUUUAAUGAACCACUUAAUCAAACAAAUCAACCAAAUAUUUAUAAUCCAGCUUCAGUUCAAACAAAUAGUUUUAGUCAACCUAAAACUAUUGGUCAAUUACCUAAUUUAAAUCAACAACCAACUUUUCAACCUAUUCAAAGUCAUAUGAAUAAUUUUUCUCAAGCUGUUUCUCCGUCGCCUAACUUUAACCAGUCAUCAUCAGUUUACAAUCAUAGAGCUCCAUCAACUGAACCAUUGCAUCCACCUAGUUUGAUGAAUUACACGAAAAAAUCAACUGCUGCUGGUUGGAAUGAUCCACCAAUGUUAUCAACUUCUGCUCCAAUACAGAAACCAUCUACACCUGUAUCAACGGCUCCAAUUACGCAUCCAUUAUAUACAAAUAAUCCUGCUCCAAUUGAAGAAAUGGGAACAUAUAAUCAAUUUCAAGGUAGCCAUGAAGGACAAUAUUCAGCCAAUAAUAUAACGCAAGGCGUAGAAGCUUUACCUAAGCAACCUAUACCACAAGAACAUGUUAGAAUUCAAGUGGUAUUAGAGGGACUGCAAUUAAGAUUAUUAGAAGCAGCACCCACUCCUCAAACCAGAAAACGAGUCUCAGAUAUCGCUAAGAAAUUAGAUUUGUUGUAUGACUCAUUACGAGAAAAUUCUCUAUCUUCGUAUAUGAUUCAAUGUCUUCAUGCAAUGAUUGAUCUCGUACUAAAGCGAGAUUACAAUGGUGCUUUCAAUUUGCAUAUGCAACUGGUUUCAGGACCGGAAUUCUCAAAAAUAUCAACCUUUAUGCCUUCAAUAAAAGCUCUUUUUCAAAUGGCUUAUCAAUAUAAUAUUAGUCUCGAAGGAAUUAAUUAAUAUUAAUAUAAUGUAAUCAACAUUGUUAUUUAGAUGAAAGGAAAAAUUAUAUUUAUAUAUAU